AUGGACGACGUCGACUUUGACUCGAGCGACGAGCUCUUUGACGGCAUCGACAGUCAGGACCUGCUUCCUUCGCAGAAGCGCAAGCGCCAGGACCAAGAUGAGCAUGACGACGCUGCCUCUGCCGACACGAAACACCAAAGACGCGAUGCGUCGCACGGUGCCCUCGCCCGUCGGAUCCUGACCGGAAAGUGCGGCUACCACAGCUUCAAUCACCAGCAGGAGGCUGCCAUCGGCCGCGUCCUGGCUGGCGAAAACACGCUCGUUAUCUUCCCAACGAGCGCUGGCAAGUCCCUUUGCUAUCAGGUAACGAUUCGUUCACGCUCCCACCUCAUCGUCGCUGCCGUCACUCCGAGUCCUCACCAAACCCCCCGCAAGAUUCCAGCCAUUGCCUUCGAGGAGCUCGAGACUACUAACGCCUCCAGAGCCCCCGGCCAGUCCGGAAUCAGCAUUGUCGUGUCACCAUUGAUCGCUCUCAUGAAGGAUCAAAUAGAUGCCUUGCAAAGCCGCGGUAUUCCUGUAGCGUCCAUGAACUCUACAAAGACUUAUGAGCAGCAGCAGCUCACCCGCAUCGCCUUGCAAAAGGGACAAAUCCGCCUUCUGUAUUGCGCCCCCGAGAGACUCAACAACGAGACCUUCAUCGAGAACAUGAAAACUGUCCCCGGAGGCGUUCGACCCGUCGCUGUCGACGAGGCCCACUGCAUCUCCGAGUGGGGCCAUUCAUUCCGCCCUGAAUAUGUCAAAGUCGCUCGGUUCGCUCAAGAGAUCAACGCCGAGCGAGUCGUCUGCCUGACUGCCACCUCCACCCCCAAGGUUGCCGACGAUGUUUGCAAGGCAUUCAACAUACCAGAGUUGCUCGCCAAGGAUCUCACGCGUCAAGGCUUCCAUGCUGAGGCAUUUCAUGCGGGCAUGGGAGCCGAAGUGAAGCAGCAGAUCAAGGAUGACUUUAUGGCAUCCAAGAUUCCGAUUGUUUGUGCAACCAUCGCGUUCGGCAUGGGUAUCGACAAGCAAGAUAUCCGGAAUGUCGUUCAUUGGGACAUCCCGGCCACUGUCGGGGAAUACACCCAGCAAAUCGGUCGCGCCGGUCGAGACGGCAAGUAUUCCUUCGAGGCAACAGCCAAGUACUACCCAUCGUUGAAAGCGGACAAGUCCGAGGAGGGAAAGGUCAUCUUUUCCAAUGCCCGCAAGGCGGCGAAAUACCACCACAUUGACGUCUCCGGUGUCGCGAGAGCAACUGGCCUUCUGCGUGCAGAUCUCGUCAGGAAACUGAACCAGCUGGAAGAACGGGAGUGCAUCAAGCUUAAGGCCAGCGGGAUCGAGCAUCGAUAUCGCAUCCUCAAGCCUCUUCCAUCAAUAGAUGGCGCCAUCGUUAAACUGGUGGACGAACUGUACGCCGACCUUGAGUUUCAGGAGGAAGCCAUGCGUCGGGUUCGGCAAAUGGCUGAUCUGAUAACCGGGGCCAAUUGCUUCGCCUUGGCCCUCGCCGAGCACUUUGGGAUGAAGCUCCCAGAUGGAAAAAGGAUUUGUGGACAUUGCACCUUCUGUCUCCUGGGAAGGCGGGUCGUCUUGCCACUCACCCCCCCUAAAGCAGUCGACAGGGCGGGAAUCGAGCGUAUCCUUCAGGCCUGUGACGUCCGAGACGAUCCGAGGUUCUUGGCUCGUGUUACGUUUGGCAUCAAAAGCCCCAGAGUCAAGCAGUUGAAGUUGGACAAGUCGUCGGUGUUUAGAUCCUUGGCCGACCACGACUUCAAGAUCAAGGUCCUCGUCGGACGGGACCGGGAGCAGGAGAUCUCGUACCCGACGCAGCUGCAAGAGACCUGGCGUAUCUUCGGCGCUGCCGGCCUUACCGCGUCGAAGAAGACGCACCUCCCGCGCAGGGUAGGCGCCCAGGACGCGGAGACCCACGGCACGUCGCUCGCCCAGAUCUCACAGGCCGGCCACUGGAACCAGAGCGUGCUCUGCCAGGCAUAUCUUACGCACCUACCACGCCAGUUCAUGCGUAUCGUCGCCGGCUUCUCGCCGUCCCCGGGGGACUACUUCCUCGCGCGUGCGGCCCACGAACCCCCGUACGUCUUACAAAAGCAGCUCUGGCCGUGGAUAGAGGAGUGGGAGCCCCGCUUUGAGGCGCGCGCACGCCAGCAAUGCUGGGCAGAAGGUGGCCUCGAUGAUGACGACCUGGCCGCUGACGGCUUCCUUGCCUCCGGUGGUGGUCCUCAAACACUGAUCAAGGCUCUGUAG